GCUUACAAGGGGGGGAGGGGGGCUGAGGCAGCCACUGUCGACCCGCCUCAGCCCUGGCUGCGGGAAGAGGGGACGGCGGGGGAGGAGGGGACGGGAGCCACGACGGGCAAGAGAGCCGAGCCGGAGGAAGGGAGCGGGCGAGUCACCGCGAGGGCGCCGCUAUGUCUCAGGCUGUGCAGACAAAUGGAACACAGCCACUAAGCAAAACCUGGGAGCUCAGCUUAUAUGAACUUCAGAGAACACCUCAGGAAGCAAUAACAGAUGGCUUGGAAAUAGUAGUGUCACCCCGAAGCCUCCACAGUGAGCUGAUGUGUCCCAUUUGUUUGGAUAUGUUGAAAAACACCAUGACUACGAAGGAAUGUCUCCAUCGUUUUUGUGCGGACUGCAUCAUCACAGCCCUCAGGAGUGGAAACAAAGAAUGCCCUACGUGUCGUAAAAAGCUUGUUUCGAAAAGGUCAUUGAGACCAGACCCAAACUUUGAUGCCCUCAUCAGUAAAAUUUAUCCAAGUCGUGAUGAAUAUGAGGCUCAUCAGGAGAGAGUCCUAGCAAGGAUCAGCAAGCACAAUAACCAGCAAGCUCUGAGCCACAGCAUCGAGGAGGGCCUGAAAAUUCAGGCUUUGAACAGACUACAGAGAGGAAAGAAGCAACAGAUAGAGAAUGGUAGCGGCGCAGAGGACAAUGGUGACAGUUCACACUGUAGCAAUGCUUCAACUCACAGCAAUCAAGAAGCAGGACCAAGUAACAAAAGGACCAAAACAUCAGAUGAUUCUGGGCUAGAACUGGACAAUAACAAUACCACAGUUGCUAUAGAUCCAGUACUGGAUGGUGCAAGUGAAAUAGAACUAGUUUUCAGACCACAUCCUACCCUCAUGGAAAAUGACGAUAGUGCGCAGACAAGAUACAUAAAAACCUCAGGCAAUGCCACAGUUGAUCACUUGUCCAAGUAUCUAGCUGUGAGACUGGCUUUGGAAGAACUCCGGAGCAAAGGAGAGUCUAAUCAGAUGAAUCUUGAAACAGCGAGUGAGAAGCAGUACACGAUUUAUAUUGCUACAGCUAACGGCCAGUUCACUGUGUUAAAUGGCUCUUUUUCCUUGGAACUGGUCAGUGAAAAGUACUGGAAAGUGAAUAAGCCCAUGGAACUCUACUAUGCGCCAACAAAGGAACACAAAUAAACUAGACCAAGUCUUUAUGUUGGAACUGUAAUUGCUUUUAUAGCUCUGGCUUACUUUAAGUGAAACACCAUCCUUUGUCAUGGACAACUGCUGAGAGAGACUUGGAUUCCUUGGUGAAUAUUCUUCUUAAUUAGACAGUAUUUUGUGUGAUAUUUAUGUGUGCCCCUCCACCCGCCCCCACCCCCAGGACUGAAAUGAUCUGUACAUUCCAUUGUUGCUCUCAAAUAUGCUUUUUAAAAAAAUGGUGGGUUUUGUUCCAUAUGUAUAAUACUAGAAGCAGCAAAUGUUUCUUUGGGGUAUCAUGCUGGUUGGCUUCCAACCAGCAGUUAGGCCCGCACACUGAUACUUGUUGGCAAGAGGCGGUAGAGAGGUUACAUCAUAUGGUUAGAAUCAGUUUGCUAAUAACUGAUUACAUGUGAUGCAUAAAAAAGAAAAAAGAAACAGCUGAUGCUGCAGGGCCAACGUAGCUGUUUUUUUUCUUUUCGCAACUCUCCUAUGCAUUGCCCAAGUUUUUUAUUUGUAAAUAAGUGGGUGGGUACUCCUGUAAUGCUGGUUGUGUUGUCAAAUGGGGAGCCAGCCAACAUUUGGAAUGUGUAUAUGCUCUGUACCCUGAUGCAAAUUCCCCUCCUCCUGCCAAAAAUCUGAGUCCAUGUCUAACCAUGGUUAUCAUUAACCAUGGCUAAUCUCUGAGUUGAGGUACUGCUUAAUGGUGACAGGUAGACCUGUUCUGGUUGGGACUGUGAGGAAAGGGAGUACAUGUGUCUGAAGCUGGCUCUCGUCUUAACAGGGAACUAGUGUUAUAUCUACACUUGUCCUCUUAAAGGUUCAGAAAGACCAUCCCUGCUGCUAGCUUGGGUGGCUUCAAUAUCAAGCCACUAACUAAAUGAAAGCAAAAUAAGCGAAGUGAAAAGCACAAAGUGUUCAUAAAGCACGUUCAUGAUACUCUUCGUGCAGGACCUGUAAGAACAUUUUUUAAGUUUCCCUAAUAUUUCUUAGCCAUAUUAAUGAACACCUGGCACUACUUACGGAAUAGUAUUGAUGACAAAGCAUUAGAUGGCAUUUAGUUUGUAACUCAUUCAAAAGUCUGAACUCCACAUUCAGUUUCUGUGUAGAGGCUUAGACAGCAGUAAUUGGCAUUGUUGAAUCAGUUGUGUAUCUUAGGUGUAACUGUUCAUCUACUGAGUCCAUUCUGUAAGGCUGACAAUGAAACCAGGACAUCUUUACUGAAACUUUUUUUCUUCAUUAAGGUUGUCUGUGUAAGUACCUAAAGAAACCAUGCUUUCCCUUAAACUAGUUCUACAUUGUUUAGGGGGAGACAAUUUUCAAUACUUUUAGUCUAGCAGAAGGAGAACUUGGUUUUAUAGAACUUUUUUGAAGGCCUCUUCAAUAAUGAGUAUUCUUAAAUUAUGCUAGAAGCUUGUGCCAUGAAAAUUACUAGAAGUCAAGGUUUGUGGGGAGGGUUUUCCAUGUCUAUUUGAUUUUUGUUCAGUACUUUUGGUGUAAUGUACAACUUAUAUAGCUUGCUAGUGCAUGUCCACUAAAUAUAAUAUGGUUUCUUUUUGUGAAAAAUGCUUUUGUAUGGGCAAACAUCAGCUGCAGCAGAACCACAAACUUGCAUUGUAAUUUUUAUCUAAGUUUUAGCCCUAUCGGCAGGAUAGUGUCUGUAAAAUUUUGAAAGUUUAUUUACCUUAGGUGUGUAUUGUUCUCAACUUAAAAGUAUGGGAGAAUGUGAAUUUUUACUUACAUGUUACAGUGAAUUUACUAAAUAUUUAUAUUUACUUAAAAUACAUAAAGUAGCUGUUUUAAUCAAAAAAUUAAUUGCUCUCUGCCUCAUUACAUCUUUGAUAACUUGUAGCUGUUUUGGUGUUGGUGCCAUAUUUGGUAAUCUUAGUAUUUUGCAAUGGAAUUUAAGAUAUAUAGCAGUGAUACUGGAAUGGAUAAGGUAGGGUCACAGCAUAUUAAAGAGGGGUAUGAUUCCAGGGAGGGAUUGGAUCUUGAUGCAGGUGGCAACUCCCCCCCCCCUCAAUAUCCUUCUUGUCUCCAUCACCCAAACAUGAUUUGAGAAGAAUGGAGCUCAGAGGGCUUGUGCUUUCCCAUCUCUUGCACAAGAGGGUUAAUGAUUUAGUUCCACUCCAGUGGAAGUCUGUAUGCACGUAACUACAUGCACAAAUUUUUACCCAUGGAAUAGAUGAUCAUGCGAUACAACAUGUAGGCUAAGUCUAGAAGGAGCAGAAAAAGUUCACAACACGUGUUUACUUAAGGUAUCUAACUCGAAUAUGAUCACUAUGUCUGGAAAUAAAAUCAACUCAGCUUCAGAGGGAGAAAUAAAGCUGUAGUAUGUAAAAAGCAGUUGCAUACUAAUUUCUAUCAUCAGCAUUUACAGUUUUCUUCCUACCAUUAUAUUGGCCUUGACCCAAGCCAACCAUAGUUAUUUGUUACUAAGCCUUAUACUGGAGUAGAAAUAGCCAGUUUUCUGCUAAUCUUCAUGACAUGACACUGCUGUCACUGAAUAUCUGUCAUCUUUAGUACACCAGCACAGCACCCACAUUAUAUAGAAGAAAUAUAAGUUAUUGAUGCUGCAUCUGCAUCUGAUCAAGUUUCAUUAUUGCAUAAUAAAUGGUCAUUACAGCCUCAAACUAUGCCCAAAGGAAGCAGUGCGUGAAGCCUGCUGGGGUGGUAAAAAUAAAAGGAAGCUUAAUUUAUCAUUUAGUUAUUUACAGCAAGAUGAACCUGAGGAGUCAGACUUGCUGCCCCACCAACUGUUUCUUAGGAGAGACUUGCUACUAAGUAUGUUACUUGGAAAUCCCAAAACCAGCACCAAAGGGGAGGGUUCCACCAUCUCCAAGCUCUUAAUAAAUUCAGCCUCAAGAAAAGAUAAAACACUUUAUUGUAUUCUAGUAAUUACACAAGUACU